AUGGAGACAGAGGGAGAUGCGUCACCAUCGUUGUUGUCGUCCCUUAGCACCAGACAAUGGAGGCGGGAUUGUAUGGUUCUCUCCAACCAGACACAAAACCUUCUUGUUGCUAUGCGCUCCAACGGAAGGUUUGGGCCAAAUAGUCUCUUUGCAAAUCCUGGUAAAAUGGCUGAGACUUCCCUCCUACGCCAAUUAAAGGCGCUUCAGCGUGAGAUUAUGGCACCAAAUUUUGUGCGUCCUCUCCCUGAGGAAGCAAUUUUGCAGCCAUUCUGUGAUAUUUGUGCCUCUGAGGAAAUGGGUGAGACAAUUGUGGGUGUUGCGUUGGCGUGUUUGUCAAACCUCAUUGAUCUUCGAUGUUCCUUUAUUACAAGGAACGGUCUUGAUAUGAUUCUACGCAGAAUACAUGGCGGCAAAAAGGAAGUAAACGACAUUUUUCUAUACGAGGUGGUACUUGGUAGAAUGCUGCAGUUGUAUGUGAGUUGUGCGGGUCACCCAUCUGCGGCAGGUUUACCUGAGGGUUUGUAUGUACAAAUAGUACGACGUGCAUAUACGUUUGCAAUACAUCCGAUGUUUAGUCCCCUGCUUCGGCGAACGGCUGAAGCAGCCAUGAAGUCAAUUGUUACAUCGCUUUAUACCAUGAUCGCGAAUAAUAAGCCUCAUUGUCUCCCAGUUUCUGAGAAGACUGACACAUCACUGAACGAUGAAGCAGAUGAAAAGGCAGACUGUUCUCUUACAGGAGCCGUUAUGCUGCGUUACAUUUGCACACUUAUAAAAGGAUCCGAUAAUGAGAAUGAAACAGGACCGGAAAAACAACUCUUGGAUUCAAAGAAUGCAUCUAAAACCGCUGCAGUGCAAUUGGAGGGAUUGUGUCUGGUACAGGCCAUGUUGCUUGUGGUAAACGAUCGUCUUUGUGACCCUGGGUGGGAGGAGCUACUUCAUAGUGUGCAACAUGAACUGUGUCGUGCGCUUCUCGUGACAGGGGUGAGUACUGAGAAUACCAUUGUUCUUUCUCAGAUACUUCGAACGGUGCAUAUUGUGGUGAACAUUGCUUCGACGCAUGUGGUGCCACAGACGUUUUCUUUUAUUCGAGCUCUUCACCUUGACCCCAUCAUGCGCAUGACAGAGGAACUCCCUUCCGGCUCCUUAUCGUCGGGAAAAUUGGUUUCUUUGCCUUCCCUGGCGGCCUCACCGUCACUGCCUACUGGGCCUCAAUUUCAUCGGAGUUUAACGCAGCUGGCGGACCUCUAUGAACGUCGAGAACUUUUAUUGGAGAGUCUUGUAGAGUUCUGUGGAGAUGCGGAUUUUGCCACAUUUUGCUACGCGCAGUAUGACCUUUCGCGACGCUUUUUUCCUUUGUUUGAUCGGCUGUGUGCAGUAUUGGUGGAGAACUGUUUUUAUGUGGCCAGCGAUGCUGUCUCUGCUCUCCCGCGAAAGGGGGAUCGUAGUGGGUCGUCUUCUGACUUUGCCUCGGAACAGUGCUUGAUGCAAAUGGACGCGCUUGCUUUAGCGGCAAUGCAUGCUCUCUUGCGUCAAACAGCCCUGAAAAUUUCGAACCCGUUGCCACCUUCAGCAGAGUUGAAGUCGCUGAUUAAGUCUAGACUGGAACAGAAGAAACUAUUGAUGAAGUUUGCUUUUCUUUUCCGACGUAACGCUAUCAAGGAUGGUAUUCCAUUUCUUCUUCAGAAGGCAACUCGGGUGUCCCCCGGGUCAUCCUAUCGCAAUAUUGCUGGAAUUGGCGGGGUAAACUCGCCGGCCUUGGUACUUGCCGAACCUGCUGGUGGACGUGAGGUAGGUGCCUGUCUUUUUUAUCUUAGUGAUAUUCUGGACAAACGUGUCUUGGGGGACUACCUUGGCGAGCUUGGCCGGGAAUUGCCCGCACCAACGCCUGACGGAACGGAAGAAAGCACUGCAGCCCUUGCCGCCUGGAAGGCAAAACGGGAAACGGAUCAUUUACGGGCAGGAACUGUUCGUUUUUACGAAGAGCAACUGAAAGGGUUUCUACAGGAGUUUGAUUAUCGCAACAAAUCUCUCUUACACUGCAUUCGUGAGACAGCCUACCAUAUGUGCAUGCCAGGGGAGGCGCAAAAGAUUGAUCGUGUCAUGGAGGCGUUUGCAAAAGUGUGGGUCAAAUCGAAUUGUGAUGCAGCAAAAGAAAUUAAUCCAUUCCGUAGUGAGCAGGGUCCUUUUAUUCUUGCCUUUUCCUUGAUUAUGUUGAAUACGGAUCAACACUCGGGUAAGAUGGUAAAACCAAUGCAGCGGGCAGAUUUUCGGCGUGUGCAUCGUGACAGUGAUGGUGGUAAUCGCCUUCCAGAUGAGUAUUUGGAUCAGUUAUACGACGAUGUGAAGGCCCAUCCAAUUAUUAUGUCAGAAAUGAUUGAUGUGGGUUUUACCAACGACGUCACGUGGGCGCUGGAAAUGCGAGAACUUGCUCUUUCUGAGGAGGUGAUCUCCACGGAUGCCAUAUUGCGAUGCUCAAUGCAGGUGAAAAAUUUAACUCCCAGGGACCAAGUUGUCGUUCAGGCCUUGCGUCCAUUUGUGUUUUCUUCGUUGUGGAAGCAUGCUCUCACGGCAUUUGCCAACAGCAUUUACACAUGUAGUAUCUCCCUUGGGCACUAUCGUGUAGAGGAAAGAAAUGUGGAGAACAGCGGUGCCAAAAGUGAUUCUUCUUUAACUACAGCUGAAGAGGCAUAUAAUCUGGCCCUUGAUGGUCUAUGCUUGCUAGCCAAGACCGCUACAGAUUUUGGAACUGUGUCUGCCGUGGACCAUGUUAUACUAGUGCUUCUCUCACAACUCCCACUUGACAUGCAAGAUGCACAUGGUUCAUUGGUUUGUCUUGGUAACCGGGGCUACUCGUUGCGUUGUUUAGAAAAACUAUUUUGUGUCCUUCGUGAGUGCCUGCUGGCGGUGACGGAUGCCUGGGAAGAGUUGGGUCACUUUUUUGCUAAGUCCUUCUUGCUUGGUAUUUUUGCGAGGGAAUCUAAUUCAGCCUCGUCAACACCCUCUGCGGCCGAAAGUACCGAGUUGUGGGAGGAACUGCGCUGUAAUCCUGGGCUAGUCGGGACUGGCGUUAAGCGUACGACCUCUGAGGGUGGCUGGUUUGCGGCGUUGUGGGGCUCCUCUAUUUCACCCGAACGCCUUAGGGCGCAGGAGUGCGAGGAACGACGGGCGAUGGAGCGGGUCAAGGUGCUUUUUCCUGACAUUGAGGAAUUCCUGCGCAUGAUUGACGCGCUUGAAGAGAAGCCCAACUGGAACUUUUUUUGUGCCUUGUGCGAGGAGGCUACAAUGAAAAGCAAAGGGGCUGCUGAUAGUUAUGCAGCCUCCUAUACGAUGAUUCUCAUCACGGAAGUUGCCAUCCGCCGUUCACGGGAUAGCUGUGUACUGGAGCGCUACGUGAAAUUGUGUCAUCAGGUCACAGCAAACAUCUUUGCUAUUUUUGACCAGCCGAACCCCACGCAUUCAUGCAGCACUAUAAACAAAAAAACAAUAAUGGUAGCAGCAAUAAUCACAAUAGCAGUGCUCGUGAGGUUGCUGAAGACUUUUCAGUGA